AAUGCUGCCCACGAGAACGAGACGCUGGACAGGCAUUUGGACUUCUUUGAGAUGGUGAGAGCCGAGGAUGAGAAGGAAUUCGCAUGUCGCUUCAACGAAGAGCAUGUGGUUCCAUGUUCGAGUUGAUGCGCAAGCUCAGCCACUCGCCAGCGUAUCCACACAUGUUGUCGCUGCUGCAGUAUAUGCUCCUGCUACCCUACACGGGCCACUGCACCGAGCAUUGGCAGCUGAUUGAUCGCGUGGUCCAGCAGAUUGUGCUGCAAGUGGCGCAACGACCCAGCAGCGACCUCAUACCCGAUCCCCUGGAUGAUCCCGGCCAGCAGCUGAAGCUGGCCAGCGAGUCGCCAGUCCAUGAUCCGGAUGUGGCACCCCUGCAGAUCGAUGUGGGCAGGCCCUGACGCAGGCGCGCAAGCGGGCGGAUGAGCUGGAGCGCG